AUUGCGCUCGUGCUUCGGCCCAUCUCCGGCCCGUCUCCGCUCGGACCGUCCCUCUGCGGCUGUGGCUCUGCUGGGGCUCUGCGAUGGGAUGCUGCGGCAGCGCGGAGAGGCCUAAGCGAGAGUGGCGCCCCCUAGAGGACCGCAGCUGCACAGAUCUGCCCUGGUUCCUGCUGUUCACCGCCUUCUGCGUUGGCAUGGGCGGGAUCUGCGGCUUCACUGUGGCCACCGGGGGCGCUGCUCGGCUGCUGUUUGGAUACGACAGUUUUGGAAACACGUGUGGAGAGCGCAACGAGAGGCUGGAGGGAGUCCAGCUCAGCGGGCUAGACCACACGGACAGGAGGUUCGUGUUCUUCUUGGACCCGUGUGACAUAGACUUAGUCCAGAGGAGGAUUCGCUCCAUGGCGCUCUGUGUGUCGCUGUGUCCCGGACGAGAGCUCCGCACCUACGAAGACCUGCGCAGCUUCGCCAUGAACAACGGCUCAGAGCUGUGUUCAUAUGAACUGCCCCCACACAACUACCCGUCUCUACCAGAGAGGUUUGACCGCUGUCCCAAGCUCCCUGUGCCCCGCAGUAAGCCCCUCCCCCUCCUGCGGCGCUGCUCACCUGUUCAGGUGUCUUGUUACGCCCGUCUGGCCGUUGCCGUGGUGACAUUUGUGGGUGACGACAGUGUUCUGCACCGGCUGAUCGCAGGCGUAUCGGCGAGUCGGGAUGUCAUCAUUGGCCUGUGCUUCCUGGCCCUCGUGCUCUCCAUGCUGCUGAUGCUGAUCAUUCGGUACAUCUCCACAGUUCUGGUGUGGGUUCUCACAGGUCUGGUGGUUCUUGGCUCUUUAGGGGGCACUGGCGUCCUGUGGUGGUUGUACAUCGACCACCGUCUCCAUGGAAAUGACACAGUGACAACAGUCCGACCCCGUGACAACAGUAAUCAGGGUAACGUCAGCUCAAAAGACGCGGUGACCAAGAACCAGGCCCUGCUGGUGUACGCUGGGGCCGCCACCGUCUUCACCUUGGUCCUGCUGCUGCUGAUGCUGUUCAUGAGGAAGCGCGUGGCUCUCACUGUGGCUCUGUUUCAUGUGGCGGGGAAAGUGUUCUUGUGUCUCCCCCUACUGGCCGCACUGCCCUUCGUCACCCUGCUCUUCCUCCUGCUCUUCUGGUCCUACUGGGUCCUGGUGCUCCUCUUCCUCGGUACCUCUGGAGACCCAGUCCCAGAUGAGGAAUCAGGCCUGGUCGAGUUCCGGCUCCAGGGAAACCUCCAGUACCUGCCCUGGUUCCACGCAGUGGGCCUGGUCUGGAUCUCUGAGUUCAUCCUGGCCUGUCAGCAAAUGACCAUCGCCGGAGCUGUGGUCACGUACUACUUCACCAGGGAUAAGGCCCGCCUCCCGGCCACGCCCAUCCUGUCUUCUGUGCUGCGAUUGGUCCGUUACCAUCUGGGCACUGUGGCCAAAGGCUCGUUCAUCAUCACCGUGGUGAAGGCCCCUAGACUUCUGCUCAUGUACCUGCACAACCAGCUCAGGGGCCGGGAGAACGCCUGUGCUCGCUGCCUCCUCAAGACCUGCAUCUGCUGCCUCUGGUGUCUGGAGAAGUGCCUCAACUACCUGAACCAGAACGCGUACGCAGCCACAGCGAUAAACAGCACUAGUUUCUGCGUGUCGGCUCGUGAUGCCUUCGUGAUCCUGGUGGAGAAUGCUCUGAGGGUCGCCACCAUCAAUGCCGUGGGAGACUUUGUCCUGUUCCUCGGAAAGGUGCUGAUCGUCUCGUGCACUGCCUUUGCGGGGGUCUUAGUCCUGAACUACCAGCGGGACCUGUCUGAGUGGCUGCUGCCGCUGGUGUUCGUGUGCCUGGGGGCCUUCCUGGUGUCCCACUGCUUCCUGUCCGUCUUCGAGAUUGUGGUGGACGUGCUCUUCCUUUGCUUCGCCAUAGAUACUAAGUACAACGAUGGCACCCCCGGCAAGGAGUUCUACAUGGACAAGGCCCUCAUGGAGUUUGUGGAGAGCAGUCGUCGUGUGGAGAGAGGCUUGAGUCGGCGCAGAGUGAAGGGGGCGGAGUCAGAACCCAUGGCGCCAGGUUCCAGUUCGGUUUGACGGCGCGCUGUGGAGUGGGACUUUGUUACAGAGACAUUCCAGAGAUUUAUUUUUCCCGUUUUUGGGAGGGAGCAGGGAAAGCACUAUUUUAAUAACGAAAAUAACAGUAAUAACCACGAAAUAACGAGCACUUUACGGAGCAGACAUGAACACAUCACGACAUGGACAGAGGGGCUUUUUACAGACGCACCUGAACGCACCACUGAAGGACGACGCGUUUAAAGAUCUGAAUGAGGCGGAGCCUGAGACCACACCUCCUGUUCUGUGAAAGGGGCGGGGUCUCCAUCAUCAUGUGACUACUACCGACUACAACAACACGUCUUCCUAUUUGUGGAGCCCGGCAGGAAGUCCAUCAGAGGAGAGGAGAAGAGGG